GCAGCGUGGCGGGUAGGUGGGUAAGGCCCCACAGGGCAUUGAAUAGUCAUGGGAGGAGCCACUUUUCACAUUUGGGAGCUUAUAUAAGCCCGCCUGUCAGCAUUUUCAAUAUCAGGCAGUGCGCUGGCUGUCGACCGGACAUCGUGUGUCGAGUAUGUAUGGCGGCAGUACGCGUGGAAAGACAGUCUCAUUGUUGCACCACUAUUUUGCUACGGGUGCAUCCAUGUUGCAGCCCUGUUAUAUCAUUCACCCACCAUUAAUUCGGUGUUUGUAACUGUCAAGCGAUUCAUCGCAAUGGAUUCCGAACCCAGGGGACACGAAUCAAGCCGCAGGACACAUACUGACCUAAAACCACUCAAAACUAAAUGCGAUGUUGCACAUUUUCUGGAAGCGAUCAGAGAAGGUUUUUGUUCCUCUGUGAAUCUCAGGGAGUCAGGACUAGAGGACUCUCUUAUUCAAAAUGGCGUGCUGAAGGAUGACAGUGAUGUCGAAUCAUUAUAUCAUAAUCAUUCUUCCAGGAAAGAUAAAACAAGGCGGCUGUGGUUCAUUCUACAUGAUGUUGAUCACAACAUCUUCAUCAACAAGGGCAUUGCCUGUGCUUUGUGACAAAUAUUACCACAUCAUACCGACUGAAUUUUGGAAAGGACAGUCGGAGGCCGCAGGUGAGGCAAAGGAAAAUGUCGGCGAGGCUGUCUGCUUCAGGUGUGCUGUCAAAGCGACGAGUUCGACAAGAAACCAUGUUUGACUUUCUCUUUGACUGUAAAGUAAUAACCUAUGAUGACUACAAGGAAUAUUUUUUCUCAA